UCAAAGAAAGUGAUGGAAAAGAGUUUACGUUUAGGGAAUGGGGGCUUAAAAUUAAAGAUAAUUUUGAGAAAUAUUUCCAUAUUUCCGAUGAUUCUAAUGAUGAGCUCAUUAACCGUCGGCUCAUAUAUAAGGAUACUUACGGUGCAACCAUCCAAUGGAUGGACUAUCAACUCAGACCUAACUUUUUGGUAGCUAUGGUUGUGGCGCCAGAACUGUUCGAUAGGAAUAAUGCUAUGAAUGCACUCAAAAUAGUUGGAGAAGUAUUGAUCGGUCCAUUAGGCGUCAAAACACUUGAUCCCAGGGAUUUGAAAUAUUGUGGGGAUUAUGACAAUAGCAACGAUUCUGAUAAUAAAGAAUUAGCACAUGGAGCCAACUAUCAUAACGGACCGGAAUGGUUGUGGCCAAUGGGCUUCUAUUUGGAGGCAUUACUUAAUUUCAAUGAUAAUCGCAAACAGACUAUCAUUUAUAUUGAGAGUCUAUUAUCCAAUCACUUCCAAUACAUUGAAACAAGCGAUUGGUUUGGUUUACCCGAACUGACCAACAAAGAGGGCACACACUGUAAGGAUAGCUGUCCGAUACAGGCCUGGUCUCACUCCACUCUACUCCAAUGGAGGAGAGAAGCAAAACGAAUCACCGAUGGCUUCGACUCACACGACAUCCCUUUCCCCUCAUUCAUAGCCAAUUUAGCUGGAAAAUUUUCUAUCGAAAAUAUAAUGAGCGGUAAUACCGGGAAUACUGAUGACUCGGAGAGACAUAAGUCUUAUAACUCGUCGCCAAUGUCUGCAUACAAAGUGAAUGAAGAUUAUUGUCAACAGAAUUGUAUUGAUUUCAUAAACUAUUGCCAAUAUUUCCAACACCUAUGCGACCAUAAAGAGAGUGAAAGUGUAUCGCAUAUUAACUGUGAAUCAAACAAAAGCAAUAUAUUUGACAGCAAUGUGUCCAUCAGAAGGACUCGGAGGCAUAGCAUCGAAAGGAAGCCCAGACAGGCCUAUAAUACUAAGCAAUUGGAAAGACUUGAAAAUGAGUUUCAGUCAGAUAAGUACUUAAGUGUCAGCAAAAGGAUGGAGCUCUCGAUUGCUCUUAACUUAACUGAAGUCCAAAUCAAGACUUGGUUUCAGAACAGAAGAACAAAGUGGAAGAAACAGAUGAAUAUCUAUGAGAACAACACUCCGACUAAUAUUAUUGACAAACACAGGGAAUACAUCUCUCAUUCAUUAAGACAUUGUUUGCUAUAA